CACACCCACACCCAUGCACACAAACUUCACAGCUGGUGUGCCUUCCUCCAGCAGAGACUGACAGAAGCAGGGCGACCGCUUUAAGCUGCGAGCGCUCAUCUCUCCUCUCCACCACCGGCGCGUCUUUCACUGCUCUUAUGAAAAACUUUGAAAGGGUGAGGGGCGAAAUGUGCAAGCAAAUCGUUUAGGAAAAAGAAGAAGAAGAAAAAGAAAGAUCAAGUCCGAGAAGAGCGGUGGAGCCGGGAGAAAGAGGGAGCUAUGCCAUCUCCCGCCGAGCGGAGCCCAGUCCUCCUCAGUUGCGUGUCGGAUCUACAGCAUGGUGUCUCUUUCUGGACUCUGGAGCCGCUGCCUCGCCCCGGGGACAACCCGUCUCCUUUUCAUCUCUGUCAGAGUGCUUCCGCUGCUGCUUCUCCUCCUGCUGACUCCCUUCUCCUCUGCCGAGACCUGCUUCCCUCACCCGGCGCCCUGCCACAUCUUGGCACGGAUCGGACACACUGUGCGCCUCGGUGCGCUCCUGCCGACCCGCCAGCCGGCGCGGAUACAGAACGCGCUCAACCGCGCCCUGGCGAGCAUCCGGCACCAGAGCAGCGGGACGGACUCCACCACCGCUUCCGCCCAGCCGGCCCCGCUGCUGCCCUACAACCUGACCCUGGAGAUGGUGGUGCGGUCGCCGGCGGGAUGGGACCCGGAGUCGUUGUCCCACAGCGCCUGUCAGGACCUGGUGAUCAGAGGCGUGACAGCCGUGCUCGCCUUUCCACGCUCCAGGGAGGAGCUGAUCCAGGUGGAGUUCCUCUCCUCUUUCUUGGAGAUUCCCUUCGUGUCCAUCCUGGAGGACACGGAGCCCCUUGUGACUAAGAACCGCUUUCACCUCCAAAUGUCGGCCCGCGUGCCUCCGUCGACCCUCGGCAGCUUGCUGCUGGCGGUCCUGCAGAGCGGCGACGGGGACAGGGACAGAGGGAGUCGAGGAGAAGGCAGAUGGGGAGGAGCAGCUGUGAUCUGCCCCGGAUGGGAUGAAGGCAGCGACGGCUUGCUGACUCACUUGCAGAGGCACAGCGGUCCUGCUUGGCAUUUGUGGGAUAUUAUCAACCUGACGCUCAUCACCGGCGGCAGAGAGAGGAGGGGGGAGGCCAGCGAGGAGAGGAGGGAGGAUCAAAUGGAAGAGGAGGCUUUGAACAUCAUCUCUUCCAGCUUCCUGCGCUCCCCCUCGCCGAUCUCUUCCGUGCUACUCAUGGGAUCUGACCCGGAGUGUCUCUCAUCUGUCCUGCGAGUCGCUCAGCGCCUUGCCCCGUCACUUCCAGCGCUGCAGUGGAUCAUGGGAUAUCCUUUGUCCCCUGAUUCUCUGCACACUCUGGGAGGUCCCCUUGGACUGCUGGCCUAUGGGGAGGUGGGACGCAAGCCGAUAAGCUUCUACAUACGGGAUGCCCUGCAGCUGGUUGGUCGAGCGGUCACUUUGGCCACCAUGGUGAAGCCGGAGUUAGCGCUGGUUCAGAACUUGGUGAACUGUUACGACAAACCAAACAGGCAUGAACUACCGUCUUCUGGACAGUAUCUUUCCAGGUUUCUGUCCAACAUCUCUUUCACUGGCUCUACGGGACUGAUCCAAGUGGACGCUGAUGUUUCUCGAGUCCUUUCCUCACAACUGUUCCACGUAUGGAGUCUUAAAAGAGGUGCGCUGGGUCAGCCAGCGUGGGUUACUGUAGGACAGUGGACCCGUGGUCGACUAGAACUUGAGGGAGGCAUUUUGGGACUGGUGGGAGGGCUCGGCAGCAGCCAGGGACAAGGCCUUGGAGCUGGUGUCAGAGGAGGGGAUGGUCAAGGGGACGGCUAUUUUGGAGGACGCUGGAGACCAGGACUUUCCGUCGAGGGACACCGCCUCCGUGUGGUGACGUUGGUUGAACAUCCAUUUGUCUUCACACGGGAGGUCGAUGAGGAUGGGCUGUGUCCAGCAGGUCAACUCUGCCUGGAUCCUAAAACCAAUCGGACUGAUAUAAUCAAUGGCCUCUUCAACCAGCUUCACAACCCCAACUCUACAGUGGUAGACUGGGAUGGAAUUGAUUUGCCGGGGGAUCUGAGGAAAUGCUGCUAUGGGUACUGCAUUGACUUGUUGGAGAAACUGUCAGAGGAUAUGGGAUUUACCUUUGACCUUUACAUUGUGGGAGAUGGAAAGUACGGCGCGUUGAGCGGGACGGGACGCUGGACUGGCCUUGUGGGGGACCUCCUGAAUGGAACAGCCGACAUGGCCGUCACCUCUUUCUCCAUCAACUCUGCCAGGAGCAGAAUGAUAGAUUUCACUUCUCCCUUUUACUCCACCAGUCUGGGAAUUCUGGUUCGUAGCCGGGACACGGCAGCGCCCAUCGGAGCCUUCAUGUGGCCGCUCCACUGGUCCAUGUGGGUCGGCAUUUUUGUUACGUUGCACCUCACAGCGCUCUUCCUCACCUUGUAUGAGUGGAACAGCCCGUUUGGCAUGACCCCCCAUGGCAGAAACAGGCUGCGUGUGUUCUCCUAUUCGUCUGCCCUCAAUCUCUGCUACGCAAUACUCUUCGGACGCACCGUCGCCACCAAGACUCCUAAAUGCUGGACGGGACGCUUCUUGAUGAACCUCUGGGCUAUUUUCUGCUUACUGGUGCUGUCCAGCUACACGGCCAACCUUGCUGCUGUUAUGGUUGGAGAGAAAACCUUCGAGCAGGUUUCAGGAAUUCACGACGACAAGCUGCACCAUCCCUCUCUGGGCUUCCGCUUUGGGACGGUGAGGGAGAGCAGUGCAGAGGACUACAUGAAGAAGAGUUUCCCGGAGAUGCACGACUACAUGCGACGCUUCAACCAACCCACAACGCCAGAGGGUGUGCACAUGCUAAAGACAGAUCCUCCGGCCCUGGAUGCAUUCAUCAUGGAUAAAGCCCUGCUCGACUUUGAGGUCUCCAUUGAUGCAGACUGCAAGCUGCUCACAGUGGGGAAGCCUUUUGCCAUUGAAGGCUACGGCAUAGGCCUUCCCCAGGGCUCUCCUCUGACCCGUAAUGUGUCAGAGUUUGUGAGUCGCUACAAGUCUGACGGCUUCAUGGACAUGCUGCAUGACAAAUGGUAUAAGGUUGUACCCUGCGGAAAGAGAGUCUUUGCAGUCACCGAGACUCUGCAGAUGGGCAUCCAGCAUUUUUCAGGUCUGUUUGUGUUGCUGUGCAUGGGUGUCGGCGGAGCUCUGCUGACCUUGGCAGGUGAACACACCUUCUAUCACCUGGUGGUCCCCCGCCUCCGGCGCUCCAACACCCUGCAGUACUGGCUGCACACCAGCCAGAAAAUCCACAGAGCGCUCAACACUACAUAUGAGGAUGUCGGGAAGGAGCUGACCGGCCUUGACCAAAAGCCCUCCUCUUGUAUCUCAGAAAACUGCACCUUACACAGGAAACAGCAUCAGCCCUCUCCGCCGUCACCACCCACCUCCCUCCCUGCUUCCACCACAGCUGGUGAAACCGGAAGCUCCUCGCCGUCUCAUGAGCCCAAGGAGAAACGCGUACACUUUGACCUGGACACGCUUCACAGCUACCGCCUGCGCACGCACACGGCGUCGGUGCGUGGCCGGCCGGGCAUGGUCGGCCGUCCGGGCCUCGGUCUGGGAGGGUUUGGCUUCGGCAGCCUGGGCAGCUUUACCUCUCCGCCUCAGAUCAAUCUCCAUGUCAACGGAGGUCCGGUCUCUACCCUUGCGUCCACGGGUUUGGUCCUCUCCCCCCUGGGAAACAGGGCUACUCAGACCAGCCUGUGGGAGGGGGAGCUGCAGGAGCUUCAGGUGAAGAUCGAAACCUUCCGCAACCAGCUGAGAGAGGCUCUGGCUCGAAGAGCCGAGAUCCAGACCAGCCUAGACAGAGAGAGGAGCGGGCUGGUACGACGGGACACCAGCCUGGACAGGGAAAGAGACAGACAGCGGGUCCAGACUAUCAACACAGACAGAAGCAGUUCCACUCUGUCCAAACUCCCCGAAAGAGACAGGACCAGCCAGCUGCAAACCCUGAACAAUCAGCAGACAGGAAGGCCCAGCCAGACAGCUGGAGCUGGGACCGCGGGGCUCGGACAGACCAGCCAGUUAAAUACAGUGAACAGUUUGGACAGAGGAAGAGCCGCUCAAUCACGCCCCGUCGUCACUGUGACGGGAGAAAGGACUGUCCAGUCACGCACUUCCAGUUUGGAGCGAAGUCAAGUCAACCAACAAGGUGCUGGAAACAUAACCGUGCAGACAAGGAACACUUCUAGCCUGGACAGACAGAAGGCCAACCUAUCACGCACUCUGAACACUUUGGAGAGGACAAAAGCCAACCAGUCAAGUGUGAGCAGCGGAACCUGAUUGGUUCUCUGACGCCUUCUGGUGUGCAGGAAUUAACAGAGAACUAGUCAGGUGGCGCUCUCAUAGCCGCGGGAAGAUGGAUCGGAACGGGUUCUGGACAUUUCACCCUUUUGCCAUUUUGUAGCUUUCGCAGCUUUGGUCUUUUCCUACGUGACCUUUUCAGGUUUGAAAUGGAGCCGUCUGCCACAGGAGGUUUCGUACUGACCCAGAGUCACCUGAAGGCCACACUAACUAAUUUCAAAUAUAUCCAACUUGCAUUCUGCUGUAAGAAAACGUGACUCCAAUUGGAAAUAUGAGCACAAGACAUCUUGGUGUGACACGUUUCUUGUGUUUUUUGCUGUUUUGUUAUAUCAAGUCAAAUUUUAAUAUAAGAUUAUAAUAACCAGAGUAAAUACAAUCAGCGGUUUGCAAACAAUGACUUCAUAUUUAAAUGUAGCAAUCAAUGUAUGACUAAUAAACGAGGUGCAAAUUGGCAAAGGGGUGAAUUGACUCGGAUUCUGUUGGAGUUCAUCGGGUUAUUUUUGUAGUUGGGGAGUGAGAUGGCAGAAAGCGGGAAAUGUUUAUUCACAAUUUCAUUUGUAGCAAUCCGCCUAAUUUUAACAAUUUCCACUCUCGCUUCAUUUUAUACCCAGAGACAAACGCGAAGCUGACUCUUGAGCGAUGAUGAAACUUCCACAUUUACCCUGCAAUAACAAAAAAAAAAAACUAGUCUUAAGAAAAGCAGCAACAAUUGCAACGGUGUCUUAAUCUCCUAAAUCAGAUAGAUUAAAACUGGUGGAAGAAAAACAAGUGAACUUUCGGUGGCGGUUCACAUCAAGAUCGAUUAACCACAACUGAUUAAAAAGAAGAUGGCCUCUGGCAACUACAUAAUCAGUGGCAAGAGGGCAGAAAAUCUAUUUUAAUCACGUUAAAAGACGACUAACUAAAUUAAAAAUUUGAAAAGCAAAACAACAGCCUGACACGAGAAUUUGCAGAAAACGAUGUAGGAAAGAAGAAACUGUAAGGAUGGAGCGGCAUAUACUGAAAAUACUUGAAAUCGCUAAAUUUAAUGGACUCAAACUGUAACUGUCUUGAUAUUAUAUCCUGUCCUUAAGUCACUAUGUCAAGAAAUGUUUUCUAUUUUUAUUCCUUUCUCUGCUAAAUAAGAUAUAACGGGUGGAUGUUUAACGGGUAAUGGAAAUGGAUGAUAUUGGAAUAUGAUUUACUUUGUUUUCCUUUUUAUUGAACCUUUGUUCAAUGUCUUGUUCCCUCGCUCUCUCUUUUUACUUCUUCAUUUUUUCUGAAGUAAGAUCAAACUUCACACAGAGGCCGGGUUUCUACGUAUGCAAGAUUAUUUGGGCCUGUGUGUUUCAGAUCAAAAAGUAGGAUGCUGUGUAAAACAUAAAUGCAAAUAAUACGUGGAGGAGAAAACGUACAAAUAAAAAGUAAAUACAAAAAAAUCCCCAAAUCCAUCCUGCUCUCUGAAAACUGCCGCGUAAACAAUCCAUUUGAUCUCAGCUGGGAAAUAUGGACAGAUCUGGAGCAGAAACUCUUUAACACAAUGGAAUUAUGGGAUAUUUACAUUUGUUAAGUCGAAAACCUUUCAGCUUACGGAUCGCCAGGGUGGCAAAAAAUCCAUGCGGAAAAAAAAAGAAAACUCUGACGGGAUGCAAAGUUAUUUUUCAGUACAAACAUUUUUAUAUUUGUUACAGCCAAGGGACAAAGAUUCUGACAUUGUUUCAGACCACCCAGCUUUUAAAACAUGCCUGUGCCGCUGCUAAUUAAGAUGUGGAGACAAAUGCGGUUUUGCAAAACAAACAUUUACAUAUUUACAUUCCACUUUAGCGACUUAAGUUCAAAGCCAAACAAUAAUUCGGGCCCAAGCACAGUCCAACACAUCUUCUCUGCCUCCAGUCAACGUGGGGGGUUUUUAACCGAGAGAGAUUGAACAGACUAGUUCCUUGUCAGCGCUGCUCGUAGGCCCGUUUCCAUGACAACGCAUGACCAGGUGACCUAAGAGAGCAGGAGAGAGUGAUGAGAGAGAGAGAAAAAAAAAACGUUUUGAAGUUAAAUUAAUAAACUGGUAAAUCACAUUUUAAUCCUACCAAGUAGAGCAACGCAAAUCAAAAGAAGCGCAUUUAUGAAUUAACAUAUCUGGUUAAAUGGAAAGUACAUAAAUGCAACGCCUCACCGUUUUACAUCAACAUUUAUUUAUUUUUAUUUUUUUUUACUAAUUCUUUGAUCAAAAUGUGACUGAAUAUAGCUAGCACUAGCUUUCCUUAGCAGGUAAAAGGCUAAUGCUAACUUUAUUAAACAGCGUAUUCUCUAGAGUGGACUAAAGUUAUUAAUAUGGCCGACUGACUUAAAUAUUACUAUUUAUUGUUUCUGACCUACGUAAGAAGUUUAUACAUUUAUGUCACUGUUUGGCACUCUAAAGGCUUUUUCUCGUGUCUUAAAUAAUCCAAUAAGCCGAGUCAGAACGGUUGACCCAGGUGUGGUUAGAAUUACCCGACAGCAUAAGCACAGCAUCUGGGUGAAACAAAUAUUUCACUUUUACUUUACGUUUUAAAUAUCUUUGCAGCCCUGUAGUCAUUCUUGCAACUGACUGGGAAAGUAAUUAAACAUCAGAGCAACACAGACAUAUUAUGCAGUUGUAAUUCCCGAAACAGUGAAAGCUGUAAGUACACAGAUGAAACCGUGGAUAACAUCACCUGCGGGAAAACUUGACAUCAACACACUGUAAUAACGAGUCUUUCCAACUGAACAGAUUGUUCCUGUUUUAAAGCUUUAAACCAUUGUGCAGUCUUUUCUUUUUUGUGUGUGUCCCUUUCUCUGUUUUUGGUUGCAGUCAAUUUCUGUUUAAGUGCCUGUUGUUAAAGAGUUAGAAGCUGCUCAUUUUUGCUGAGAUCCUGAGUUACAUGCAGUGGUCACGUGUGCAGUCACCAGUAAAAUAGAAGAGUCGUCUCCAUAAACAGGUUUCAGCUCGAAGUUCUUUGUCAGUGCUUAAAACAUUUUUGCAGUUCUGUUUAAGAAUAGACUAUUAAUGUUUUACACAGCAUCCCAGAUCUUUUUGGAAAGUAAAGUUAGUUGUGCAAUAUAUUGCCAAGGCUGAAAGCACAUGUAUAUGUACAGGUAAAAAAAAAAUUAUGCUGCUGAAAAAUCCACUGAGGUGGUUUGACCCAUCACAGAUUUGGUUAACUCAGCUUUUUUUUUUUUUUUUUUACACAUUUGAUUUUUAUCAUCCAUUUUUUUUGUCCUCAUGUCUCCUCUAACCCCCAUCCUAUUAAGGUGCAAUAUUAAAUUACUGCAAAGUACCUUUAAUUAAAAUCCCAUCCCAUUCCUGGUCAUUCUAUUUAGGGUUUGACAGCUUGCAAAAACCAAGUACAUUAUUUGGAUUAUGGAAGAAAUUAUUAUAACAAAAAAAUGACUCCAGAAAAGUUGCGAUUGGGAUACAACCUCUCCUUGUUUUGUGCGCCCUUCCUUUUUCGACAUGUCUUACUUUUCAUUUUCUGGACGCUCAUGCAGGUAGCCAGUUGCCCACUAGAGGGAGACGCAUCUCUGCUUCCCUGUGGCUAAGGACCGUGGAGAGGUUCUAGAGACAUAUUUUGAUUAACAAAACAAAUGAAUCAGUUCACGUGGUUCGCGUAUAAAGACAUAACAGCAUGUAAAAGGUGCAUUUAUAAACUUUGUUCUGCUACGGAGGCAAAUGGUUUUACAAAGUCUCUCCAGCAUCUUAACAAUGCAGUUCCACUUACUACUGUCUUUGAGAUUCUCAAUCUCUCCAUGCAGAUGUCAGAAAUCUGAAAACGUCACCUUGAUUUUUUUUUUCUUUGUUUUUUGUUUUAUUUGGUGAUACUAAUGUACAUUUCAGCAUCUCAACCUUUGCUGUGGUGUGAAGUGGUUGUGUUCACAUGCCAUGGUGUCUUAAAGGACGUCAAAUAUUUUAGGACUUUUGUCGAGGAAAAGCUUGUGGUACUGGAUAUUUAAAGAGAUACUUUUAAAUUAUCACUUAUUAAAGUUAUAUCGACAUAUUAAUACAUUUUAUGCAUAAAUGGACAUUCUCAUGUUUUGAAAUAAACAUUUAUAUACUGA